ACUACCCUGUGCAGUCGUUGGUCAACUUGUCAUGCAUGUUCCAUUUAAAAAGUAAAUGAUAAAAAAAUAUCUAUACGUUUAGUCAAAAACUAUUAUUAUUAAUCCAUAACUUGUAAGAGUAAAGGUUUCUCUCUUUUUUUUCUUUUCUUUUUCUUUUUUUCUUUUUUUUUCUUUAUCUUGACGGUAUUUCAAGGAUACAUACUUAGGGAUUUUGUGGCACAUAUCAUUAUUAAGUAAAUCCUCAUCAUCCAACGGACAUUGUCGAUUGAUCACGGAAGUUAUCGAUAUUUGUCCUGUUGAAAAUGGCGGCUACCAGGAGGAAUAUUGGAGUAUAAACAACAUUAUUAAAUUGUAAUAUAAUCACAACCUUAUGUAAUUGAUUGUCUGCUCUUCAGUGUUUUGGUUGUGAAGCAAGCUGUAUGAUGAUUGUAACUGUGAGCCCACUGAGCGAUGGCUGAAGGAUGGAUUCAUCAACGACUCGAGCGACCUCUGGUGUCUUGUCAGCAGCAGGGAGAACCAUCCGACAGUCUCUCCGCACCAAGGCCAGGAACCAGCUGCUUCCGAAGAACAAUGUGGUUGGUGUUAAGUCCGGUCUGCUGUCCAAGUCGCUGGCCUCGCACGCACAACAGGCCAAGUCUGUGUCGAGCAAGGUGAACAACACGUCGGCAGCAACAACGGCCCGGUCCAUUCUCACAUCGAGGGUAGGCCUGCCGCCUAAAACCCAGACUUUGAGAGAACUGCUGGCAUCAACACCGGGAUUUAGCAUGAAGCCAAGGAACAGAUCUACGAAGCGGAAAAGCCUCGCUGCUCAAAUUGAACAGACGAAGGAAGGAUGCAUUGAUCUGUCACCGGACUCCAUUCUCGUCAACACAAAUGUCAAGGCUUUACUCAACAGUGAAACGUUCCGAACAUUGCCGCAGGCCUAUCAGUAUAAGUUGAUCACAUUACUCCCUGAAUGUGACAAGCUUGUGCCAUCGGACAACACACUUAGAAUGAGUCCGACAGCUCUGAACAAUGAGUUCUUUGCGAAAGCGUUACAGGAGUGGAGAGAUCGCCUCGCUGAUGGCGAGUUCACACCAGAAAACCAGCAGCGCUUGAAACAGGAGGAAGAGAAGGAUCAGAACAAACUCGACCCGUGGAAGGCUAAAUACUUCGAGCCAGUUUGGGGUCAGAGGGUGUUGACCGAUAUUCCGAAGGCGACCGGACCGUCCCCAGUGAAACCUUCAUCCCCGCUUCCAACUCCCAAGGUCAAGCCGCUGAUUAUCAAAAAGAAGAUGCUGGUUUCCUCCAUACUACGGCGACAGGCCGUUUCCAAGGAGAUGGCCGCAAGUGUGGAAAGAGUGUGUUCCCCAAGUGGCAUCGGUUCUCCAAACAAUGUGUUGCCUAGCAACGGUUCCCAGGUUGGGUUGCUGACAACCGUGGCUGAGCCCGUGUCUGUGCGUUGUUCGGAGAGUGUGACGCCUGUGGUGAAGACGGAGCAGGUUGUGGAACCUCUCAUCAUCAGACUGGACCCCGCACCCGAUGACAGUCCCUCUUCCGCGAAGAGGGCGCGCAUAGCACUCACCCAGAAACAGGCUCAGGCCAGGACUCUCGCCCAAAUCAAAGCUCAAACAGAGGCUGCACGGAUGCAGAAAUCUCAGCCCUCUAACAAUGUUAUUCCUGUGUGCAGCAUAUCUCCGGUGGUUCAGUCGAUAGUCGUGACGACAGCGGCUCCUCAGGUUGUGCAGUACAGCAGUGUUGGUGGCAAGGCUGUGACGGCCCCCGUGACCGUGGUUAGUGUCACGUCACCACUCAGAAUGCAACAGUGUCACACGAGAACUCUCGCGCAGAUCAAGGCUCAGACACAAGCUGCUAAAGGUCACCCGUCUGUUACAGUCGUACACCCGACUCCUGUCCGAGCAGUGCUACAGAACGCGUCGGUCCGCAGCCUGCUAACGGGGGCCAGUCCUUCCAUCAAGAUGCCCAUGCAGGCGCAGACGAGAACUUUGGCUCAAAUCAAGGCUCAGACAAGGGCACGAGCUCAGCGCGGGACAGCAGUCAGUCAACAAGAGACGGAACUGAGUGGUAGUCCGUCACCUUCCAUGAAAAACCAUCCAAACAUUCUGCUGACUGGCGGUCAGUCUCGCAUACAGCCUGGGGUGAAGAGUCCCGCGUUGACCAGUCCUGCCAAGUCCGACGUGUCCAAGAAUAACAAUGGUAUCAACUUACAGCGCUCCUUGGCAAUAUGUCAGCAGGAACUGGAGAAGAGUUUAAGCAAGGGAAGUAACCCUGUUUCUCCGGUUUCUCAACAGAAUCAACCAUGUGCGUCUAAGUUGUUAUUUUCUCAAGACAUGGGUACAACUACAUCGCCGCAGAGUGACCAAUCAGUGACGCUCGACUCGAGUAGGUCUUCUACUCCUAUACUAUCAGGAAUCGUUCCCUCGGCCUCAUCACCCAUGUUGGGGCAGAUUGUGACUCUCUCCUCGAAAGGUCUGCCCAUCAUCUCGGAGUGCCCUACCACUCCUACCAAGCAAAUCAUAUUCGUCACGGCCAAUAACGUGCUUAAUCAGAACACAGUGUUGUUUGUUAGUGAACCUCAGCCAGUGAGAUCUGUGUCCAAUUCCGUGAACAAGAUGACAACCAUUGCGGCCCCGAUUCCUACAAAAGUGCUUACAAUUCCCGCAGUUUCUGCCUCGUGCACUAAUUCUCAAGGUGUCAGGAGGAUAACUCAUGAAAACCUUCGUGCAAUGCUGGCCAAGUCUCCGCCACGGGCGUCUAGCGCCCCGCCAAACAACAUCGGUCAGGCUAACCUCGUGACUAUUGUCAGACCGGCCAGUGUGGGGGACAACUCCCACGAAUCACAGCAGAACAAUCCUGUGAACAACCAUGGCGAAAUCGUCCUCAAUCUCAAUUCCGAAGAGAUCAAUUUUUUAUCGAACAUUGGCACUGCUACUCGAGUAAACCCUGACCGGUCUCCUCACCACGUUAUUCGACUGUCUGCCGCCCCCCAGUCUGCUGUGUCUGGCAACAUCAACGUCCAGAGCUUGUCUCUUGCCAACAGCCAGAACAGCAGCAGUAGCAGUGUCAUGUCCCUCCCUGUAACAGCAGCGGCAGGACAGGUUGUGUCGGGGGUAGAGACCAGAGUGGCCAGCUUACUCACUAAUCCUGUUUCUGUGCUGCCCACGUCUUUGGGCUCAAACAUUCAACGGGUAUCGGGUUCCUCCAGUGUUGCCACGGUGAUUUUGCAACCUACCAUGGGGACGGCGUUGGGUUCGACAGUGACGUCAGUGCCUGUAGUGGACAGCGCGCCCAGUGUGGGCCAGACAGCGUGCGCCUGUAGUCUGAAGGCACUCGUCAUGUGUAAGAAAUGUGGUGCUUUCUGUCACGACGACUGCAUCGGGCCGUCGCGACUCUGCGUCACCUGCCUGAUCACCACCUGACGAGGAUCUCCUUGUUUAUUAUUAUUAUAUUCUGUGUGUAAUUUUAUUUAAGAUAAUGAUUGUGCUGUUUAUUUUCUUCUUCCCGUGGAUUAAUAAAGCAAAAUAUGUCAUUA